GUUCGAGUAGGGGGUUGGUUCCAUUUCGCCUCGACCUCUUGCUAUUUGGAUCAUCCGAUUCUUCUGUUGACACCUGCCAAUACAGCUCGUUAAUCGAGCACGUUCCACUGAGCUCGAAUGACAGAUACCAUGGAGAUAGACUCUCCACCACCACCUCCUAAGGAGGCACUCUUUCUGCAAGAUUCGUCAGACGACGAGGAGGAGGACCGCCGACCCAUCAAGCCGAAGCAUACCCAGACUCGGGCUUCAUCCGAGGACGUGUACGGCUUUCGGUCAUCGGAUAUCGUAGAAGUACCGGCCACACCCAAGCCUACCGAGAAGAAGAAAGCCGAGCUGGAGAAGAAGAAACAGGCUGCAAAGGUCGACUGGCUGGACGAUGAUAGCGAUGAUGAUAUCGUCAUUCUUUCUACACCAGAAAAACCGAUAGCCACAGCUGGACCAUCAUCAAGACCGCCUAAACGGAAAGCUUCACCGAGACCGUCUACGUCAAAGGUUGCACCUCCACCUCUUACUCAGGCUUCGGCCAAGUUGGCGUCGUUCGAGAGAGGCUAUAUCGGAUCGUUUUAUUGCAGCGGUAUAGCGCUGAGCAAGGGGAAAGGUUACAUCACCAGCGGAGCCAGCGUUGUAGUCGAGAGGAACAAGACGCAGGCGGAAAAGGAUCAGGAAAAAGCAGACAGGGAGAAGGCUAAGGGGAAGACGGCGGGAAAGGCUACGACCGUGAUCAAGAAUGGGAAAGUGAUCAAGGGAGGGGGAACUGCUAAGCAGUCGACCUUGAGCGGAUUCGCGACUGGGAAGAAGGCGGCGACUACCACAGCUAAACCGGUGAAGAAGGUCGAUGCAGUUGUCAGGUUUAAUAACGAUAGGGGUUUCGAGGUCGGGCGUCUCCCUGCCGGCGAUGCAGCGUUCAUCUCCCCGCUCCUGGAUCCCGGUAUGAUAGAGCUCACCGGAACCGUCGUUGACGCGCCGGCGAGCUUGACGAUCGGUUGUGAUAUCCUGCUCAACCUCAAGGUGUUUUUGACGAGAAAAGCGUUCGAGGAGAAUGUCAUGCAGGCGGGAAAGGGAGGUGAUGAGGAAGAAAGGUCGAGAGCGGGAGGGUUUUGGCAACAGCAGGGAGAGACCGAGGAUGAGAAACGGAUGAGACUGCGAAAGGCUGCUUUGGGCAAGCUGUUCAAUCGCAUGGGCGUCAAACCGAUUCGCUCCAGCGCCCUGACGAAGGCUCAGAAGGCCAAGGGUAAAGGCCUGAUCAACGAAGAUGCCUUGGCCCACUUUGGCGAAUCGGCAGCGGGAAUGCCAGCUUAUGUGAAGCGCAAGGAGCAGUCACGCAGCGUUUCGCCCGACAAGGGUAAAAUCAUCGCGAAAGGAAAGACGAACGGGACGAGGACGUGCAGCCAGUCGACUUCUGGAUCGGGAUCGCGUGCCGUUAGUCCGACGAAAAAGGUCAAACCGGCCAAGGGGAAAGCGAAGGAGGGAGAUCUAGACGAGGAUUCCGAAGCGGAGAGUGGAGAUGAAGCAGAGUUGCUGAACGAGAGUCAGUUGAACGAAUUAGAAGACAUAUACAAACGUGCUCAAAGGCAUGACGCGCUGAUCGAGGAAAUGGAUCCACCUGAAACGUUUACGUAUACGUUGAGGCCUUACCAAAAGCAGGCUUUAGGAUGGAUGGCCGGUCUCGAAAAGGGUGAAGCGAAUCUGCGAGAUCAGUCCAUGCACCCUCUUUGGGAAGAAUAUGGCUUCAAGGACGAGCACGAGCAGGCGGGAGGUCCCAUCGAGAUUGACCUAGAUGACGAUGAAGAGGCCGAAGCGCCUGCCGACGGCACCGGCGAAACAUUCUACUUCAACCCGUAUGAUGGCGACCUGAGCCUGUCCUUCCCCCGCGCAAAUACCAGGGCAAGGGGUGGUAUCCUGGCGGACUCCAUGGGAAUGGGAAAGACAUGUAUGCUGGCUUCACUGAUACAUACAAAUCGAGAGGGAGAGGUAGAAGCCACAUCGCCAGAUGGAGACGAUGCCCUAGACGAAGACGGAGAGCCUGUCGCGAAGAGACCCAAGUUCAGGCAAUUGACCCUUUCCAAACAAUGGCAACCCGUGCAGAAACAACCAUCCGAUGGCGUUGAGCAUGCCAAGCCGCCUCACGCUACGCUAGUGGUAUGUCCGGUAUCUCUGGCAAAACAAUGGCAGGAGGAAUUGGGUAGGAUGAGCGUGGAAGGAAGCUUGAAUACGAGGUUGUGGUAUGGCAACGAGCGGGGUGACUUGGAUGUGCUCCUCGGCGGGGAGAAAGACGAACGAGUGGACGUGAUCAUCACAUCGUACGGCACUCUUGCAAGCGAGCAUAGCAAGUGGAUCAAGAACAGGGACAAGCCCAAUUACGAUGGAGGGGGACUUUUCGAUAUCUCGUGGCUCCGAAUCGUACUGGAUGAAGCACAUACUAUAAAAAAUCGCCAAUCGAAAGGAGCGAAGGCUUGUUACGAUCUCAAGGGCCAAAAGCGAUGGGCUUUGACCGGAACUCCGAUCGUCAAUCGACUAGAGGACCUGUACUCGCUCCUCCACUUCCUGCGCUUGGAACCCUGGGGUCAAUAUCCCUUCUUCCGGACUUUCAUCACCCAGCCAUUCUUGGCUCAAGACCCUAAGGCGUUGGAUGUGGUGCAGUUCAUCCUGGAACAAUGUCUGUUGAGAAGAGAAAAGAACAUGAAGGAUAAAGAUGGCAAACCGAUUGUGGAUCUGCCGGACAAAACGAUCACGAUCGAGAAACUUGAAUUUUCUCGCUCAGAACGGAAGAUUUACGAUGCCAUCUAUGACCGCUCACGUCGUAAAUUCAUCGAACUGGACCAGGAAGGUCAAGUCAAAUCCUCCUACACAUCCAUUUUGGCAAUGUUGAUGAGACUUCGUCAAGCGGUCAACCAUCCGUUGCUCGUCAUGAGCAAGGCUACGAGUGGCGGCGAUGAGGGCAAAGACGAUAUCAUAUCUGGAACAGCGGGAGAUAGCGACGACAUCAAGCAACUGAUUACCGAUUUUACCAACGGUCGUGACGCUAGCGAAGCCCUUCCGGACGAAGAUGGUGAGGAAUCUCAGGCUGCGCCAUCGUCACAAACCCUACAGAACCUGGAGAAGGGCGAGACCCGAAUGUGUCUCUUCUGCCACGAGGAGGUCGAUGGGGAAGUCAUUUUGCCAUGUUACCAUACUGGUUGUCGUGACUGUGCCUCUGCCUUCAUCGAGAAGGAGGAGGAUGCGGGCAGGACACCUAAAUGCCCGGAUUGCGCCAAGGUUUUCAAGAGCAGCGACUUGCGAGAAAGUCGCCCGAAUACCACCAACAGACUGAAAAUGGGUCGGACAAGUCUGCGGAAAGUCGAUUUCCAGACCAGCACAAAAUUGAAAGCCCUGAUCAAGAAGUUGAAGGACAUCGCUGUUCAAGACCCCCUUUACAAAGCUCUCAUCUUCUCUCAAUUCACCUCCAUGCUAUCUCUCGUCGAGCCGGUGCUCUCCGACAACAAUAUAGACUACCUACGAUUCGAUGGGUCGAUGAGCCAAAAGGAACGAGCUACUGUCAUCGACGCCUUUACACGCGGCAAGAAUUCUCAGGUCCUGUUGAUCUCGCUAAAAGCUGGAGGAACCGGGCUCAACCUGACGGCAGCGAACCAUGUCAUCUUACUGGAUCAAUGGUGGAACGAAGCCGUCGAGAGUCAAGCGAUCGAUCGAGUUCAUCGCCUUGGCCAAACCAAGCCGGUAUUCGUUACCCGGUUCAUCGUCAAGAAUACUAUCGAGAAGCGAAUCCUGAAGAUCCAAAGGAGCAAAACGGCACUCGUCAACGCUUCUUUGGCUGGGAAAGCCACGGAUAAUGGCAGUUUGAGGGACCUCAAGACCAUCUUUGGAUUCGAUGGUGAAGACUCGGAAGACGAGGAUUAGGCAGGCAACCAGGCCGCCUCAAUACGAUCUCUCUUCAUUCCACACGCUACGGACAAUUCGUUCACCACAAGUUCGUGUCCUCUACACUGCAUACACUCCGCUACCACAAUCAACUUCACUGUAUCUACCAUGUCAAGCAUGCCAAUUCAAUCCGGUUGA